AUGCCAAUCGAUCUCGAUAAAGAAGCGCGGAAGAAACAACUCCAGCGAGAAAUUGCCAUCGAUGUUGGACUGAAAACCGACAUCCAAAACGGCAAACUGGCGCGAGUCGAAUUGGAUCCCGACAACUACAAAGAUGUUUCCCUCGAUCCGGACUAUAUCAAAGCCAAGGCCAAGAAAGAACGCAUCGAAGAAGGACGACUUGUCCAGAAAUCGCUCGUCGAUCAAUUUGCAAAGACCUCCGAUUCCCAAACCAAAAUCUUGAAUGAGAUUCUAUCCGUCGCUAAACCAUUGGCGAUUUUACCGGCCGGAAAUGAGGAUGCGCUGAUGCCGGUGAUCGGUGCCAACGGACAACUGAAUCCGGAUGCACCGCUGGACAUGGCCAUCCAAUUCACCCACAAAUCGUUGAGUGACCAAAUUGCGGAUUUAACGCAGGCACUCAACUCCGCACCAUCGGGAGUUCUUCGAGAGGAUGAUGAGGAAUUAUACGAUGCGUAUGUGCUCAAACUACAACAAACGCUGGACCGAAAGCGACAGGAUUUAGAACUGACGGAAUUUAUCGCCGGAAAAGUCAAGCUCGGAGUAACACCGCCGGAAGGGAAGAUGGAAGAAUUUCGACAACUGGUGACGGAUAACAUUGUGAAAAAUGUGCCGGUCAAUGCGACGGCGGAACAAAAAGAAAUUGCUAAUGCGAUCGCCCGGUUUUCGAUAAAGCGUGAGCGAUUGCAAACCAAGGGUCGAGUGGCACAAAAUUUGGAUUAUGACACAGCAUUUGCCUCUCGGUAUGAAGACGAUCCCGACAAAAAGUAUUUGGUCGAUGCCACCAAGUAUUGGUUCCCAAAUGCCGAAGUCCCGUGUUUUAUGUACAUGUCGUCGGAAGGGAUUUUAGUUCAGCGGAAUAUGGAUGGAGAUUUAGUGACUGGUUUCAAACCGACUCCGGGAUUAGUUCGCCUACUGUUCGGCACCAAUCAAGAAAUUCUGGGUCAAAAAGAACCAACUGCCAGUUCCUCGAAAAACCAAGGAGGUAUCCACGUCGUCCGAGGCCUCGGAGUCACCGGAAGGGGAUCACCAGUGAUUCCGUUCGGAAACAAUAAGUUUGAGCACCUGUCGGACGAGGAAGCCAUCAUGCUGAACAAAUUAUUCACAUCCGCCGGAGUCACGCCGUCCCCAUCGCAAGCGAAAGAGUUGGCUCGCACCAACGGCGGACGCGUUUUUGUGGAGUCGAUUAAGGAUUUGCGAGCGAAACUGAGUGUCUUGCUCGGUGAAGUUCAAGCGGGAAAUACGUCGGUCGAGGUCAAAAACGAUAUUGCGAACAUCGCCAAUUUCUUGAACAGCAGAAAAGUAUUGGCCAAGAAAAAGCUUGCGGAAAUCCUGGAGUUUAUUCAUAAUGCGGUGAUUCCGUAUUCCUGGACCAAUAUCAGUGCCGAGUUGGGGAACAAUACGUAUCAGUACAACAACGGCUCGACACUCCGGACCGUCACCAUGCCGGACGGAAUGUAUUCGUAUGAAGCGAUGGAUCAGUAUUUACGCGCCACCAUGGAUUCGAAUAGCGAUUACGACACGGAUGUGAAUGGGUUCCGAGUGUAUCAUAUUCGAUUCUACACCAACACGGUGCUGAACAAAUUAUCGGUGGUGAUUGAUGGUGGAUAUUCGUUGAUCAUUCCGAAUACUCCGUUCAAAGUGACCACCGGAUUAACUCCCGGAACAUACACGACGUCGGUCAGUUCGCAAACGUUACCGGUGAUCAAUACUGCGAAUCAAGUGUCGCUUCGAUGCUCCCUCGUCAGUAAUCCAUAUGCCAAUCCGGAUGAACUGUUUCGAUUUUCACCCGAUGUUCCACCGACCGACAUUAUUCAUUUGGAACCGGUCAAUCUACAAUGGACGCCGUGUAGCAAUGGAGGAUUCCGAGAGAUUUCGAUUUCGGUGCAUGACGAGAAUGGAACCCCCAUCACCUUGGUCGAUAAAAAGAUCAGUUACACUUUGAAAUUCCGAGUCCCGAUCGUUCCGGAAAAGAUCUGA